UAUCACGUGUCAGGUAACCGGAAGUCGGAAAACAGUGGAAGGCGGAAAGCGUCUCUUUUAAAGUCUGAAUUUGUUUUGACGUUUGAUAUGAAUUGAGAUGCGAUUCACAUAGUCUUACACCGAUACGUGAAGUGGGUAUUGUGAAAAUGGAAGAAACAGCUGUGAGAUUAGUCAAACAAGAGCCUUAUGAUGAGGAUGAAGGCCUCUAUCCAUUCGUUUGUGGUAUAUGUGGCUAUAGAUUUAAUAGAAUUAAGGAGUACUGCAAGCACUUUGAUCUGCACAGUGACAUGGUAACUGCUGAAUUCUUCCAUUCUUGUACAAAUGGUGAUGAUGAAGAAGAGGACAAUGAAGAUACUGCUGUACUAGAAGACCAGUAUGAUCAUUCAGCCAAAUUUUAUUCAUGUGGGGUUUGUAAACAGCAGUUUGCCACCCUUUGUCUAAUGCAUGAUCACUUCUGUGAAAACUACAGCAGUGCAGAAUUAUACAUUGUUGACCCCGAGAAACGACAAGGACUUCCUAGACGAAGAAGAUGUGCAGGAUCGUUGUUCAGGGGAAGUGUUGCUUUGCCUGAGUUUGGUGAAGUAGUUAAAACUGAAGUGAUAGAAGAUGAUGGAGAUGAUGAUAUGGAGUGUGAAAACAUUAAUGAUGAAGACAUGGAAGAGAGUUUAGGCGAUGCUAGUGAAGGGGCGGACACACCAUCAAAAUCUCGGGACAGCAUUGGAGACAAAUCUGAAAGUAGUAUAGCUAUUCAAAAAAUCACAGUUAAUUACGGAGAUCAUUCAGAAACAUAUGAAAUUGGGUUGAAUGGGAAAAAAUCAGAAAAAAAAUCAAUUAGAACAGUGAAUGUGAAAAAGAAAAAUGCUGUUAUGAAUAAGGCAGCAACAGAAUCCGAAGCUGAUGAGGAUAUGUCAGAUGAGUUUGAUAAAGGGAUAGACUCAGAAUCGUCAAUUAAGAACAAAAUUAAAAUCUUUACAAAGAGAAAAGGAGAAUCAAGGGCAGUUGAGGAAAAUAUGUUUGAGUCUUAUGAGAAUGCAGAGAGUUUAAGGGGAAGGAGAAGAGAAAGUGUACCUGUACCUGCUAGCCAAAUUAAAGAUAUGAUUGCUCAGGCUCAAAUUGUUGGUGAAGAAGAAGGAUCAAACACAAAAUCUUCUUGCCCAGUCUGUCAAAAGACUGUAUUGAGGAGUUACCUUUAUCAACAUUUCAAAAAAACACACUCAGAUGAAGAAUUUCCUUGCCAUGUCUGUGGAAAGAUUUUCUCCAAUAAAGGAUAUCGUACAGAUCAUAUUAGGUUCUUUCAUGAGGGUAUAAAAAAGAUUCGCAAUGAUGGAGGACUAGGUUUUAAGGUUGGAAGACAUGUCAAAGCUGAAUCUCGGGCCAUUUUAGAAAAAGCUGUUCUUGUUGGUGAAGAAGACGGUAACAAUACGAAAGUAGAAUGUCCAGUGUGUAAAAAAGUACUACUAAGGCAUUAUUUAGUGAAACAUCACCAGAAGUUACAUUCUGAUAAAAAGUAUCCAUGUGACCAGUGUGAUAAAGUGUUCCCAUACAAUGGUUAUUUAGCCGAUCAUAAGAGAUAUGUUCAUCAAGGGAAGAAAAAGAAGUCACAGUUAACACGAUAUGCAAAGGAGGCUGACAUUAUAGCUCUCUGUGACUCAGCACAGCCUGUUGCCAGGAAGAGAGGGGAAAAACCAAAAGUUGUCUGCCCUAAAUGUGACAAGACAAUUCAACAGGAGUAUUUAGCAAAACAUUUACGAGCUGCCCACUCUGAUGAACAAUAUCCAUGUGACAUUUGUAAAAAGACUUAUUCAUGUAAAAGGUUUUUAUAUGAGCAUCAGAAGUAUGUACAUAUGGAAAAGGACACAGAGUGUGAAAUCUGCCAAAAACUUUUCAAAGGAUUUGCUGCCAAAGAGAAGCACAAAAGGUUGAUACAUACAGACAAUAAACCGUUCCAGUGCGAAAAAUGUGGGAGCGCAUUUAGGACAAGUUUUGAAUGUAAACGGCAUAUGUCACAACAUGAAGAUAUUAAUCUUUUCCCGUACCAAUGUCCGAAAUGUGAGAGACGUUUUAAAUCUCAGAAGUCAAUGUUGAGUCACGAGAGAUCGGUACACAGGAGAGUGGGACGACUUCAGUGUAAAUGGCCAGGAUGUAAUAGAAUCCUCAAUGAUAAAGCUACGUUCAGGAAACAUUAUUGUAUUCAUACAGGAGAAAAACCAAACAAGUGUCCUGUAUGUGAUAAAGGUUUUAUUCAACGUGUCGCACUUAAAUAUCACCUCAAAACAAAACACAACAGUGAGGAGAAGAUGCCACCUGGAAGAUCACCUGCUUGCGGUGACAAUAGGGUAAAACAUCCAGAUAUACAAUUGUUCCGAGAGGCCCAGCCUGUGCCACUAGAUCCGGAUGAGUAUGUAGAGGAGUACACAGAAGUUCCGAUGGAGAGUCUAGUUCAGGGUACCGAAGUUCAACAGGUUAACCUCUCUGAUGCUUCCAUCGUGUCAGAUUUGAUUGAGAUUGCCCAGUCAAGUGAGGGCGGAACAGUACCGGCGGCAUUACAGCACGUGUUUGAUGGAGUUGAUGGAGAGAAUAGAACUAUUGUUAUAUACUAUCAAUGAUUACUAGUUAGCCUUUAUAAUGAAUUUUUCAAUGUUAUGCAUUGGAAGAUAAUAUUUGUAUCAAAACUGUUAUUGCUUGUUGGUUUAUUAUGAGUUUUUCUAGCAUUUUUUUUUUUUUUUUUUUUUUUGUCAAUAGUUCAUUUCUUCUGUACUGUUUUAUAGUGUAAGAUUUGUCAGCAAUCAAAAAGAUACCUGGGAGAUGAUUUGUAUGGUAUUAUUAUGACACAAAAAAGAUUUAUAGAUAGAGUUUCAAAGGUACACACGUCCUUUUCACGCCAGUUUAUUUUACUUGACUUUGUUAUGGAAAGAUAAAAGAAAUGAAUGUAAUAAUAAUGAUUUUACUAUUUGUUUGUACAUCUAACUUGAAUCUUUUCUGACUACACGUAAUAUAUAUUAAUCAUAACUUUACCGAACUAGAAAAAAAAAUGUUGUUAUUCAUUAAAAUACUCUAUAUUUAUUUAAAUCUCUGAGUAUACAGGUUAUGAUUUAUAAACAAGUGAAACUUUACUAGUUUCUGGGGCAUAAUGUGUCUUUAAAUUUUUAAUCAAAUGGUGUUUAUAUUCAUACAAAACUGAGAAGCAUUAUUAAACCUACUGUGCAAAUGACAUUAAUUUUCUUUUAAAGUCAAAGAUUUGGAAUUACAACUGCCAUUUACCUUGUCAUUUUACAUGUGGCAUUAAGUGUUUGCAUUUUAGCUAAGUUUUUGUUAAACUUUGUGACAUAAUUUAUUUCAUAAAUAAAGACUGAAUGUUAAAAUGAAAUAUUUGUAAAUCAUCUGAACAUAUACAUUUGUAUUUAUUAAAAUGCUAUGCCGAUUGUAACUGUUUUUAUGUUAUAUAUAGAAACCCAGUUGAUAUUUGAUGAUUCUGUGGAAAAUAUAGGUUAUUUGUAAAUAUUUGUUACUGCAAUACGUGUUACUGUUGUUUAUAGGAAGAAAUUUGAGGCAAAUAACAUGUUAUUUUUAUCAAAUUUUGUUGAAACGAACAUCUAUUUAAAUACACAGUCAAUUUUCUAGCUUAUAGAUUGCCAGUGUUUGUAUCAGAAAUGGUGUUUUGUAAACACUAUAUUGACGUCAAUGUACUGUAAUUUCAAAAAAGUACCUUAGUGCAAUAACAGGUUAAGUACUUCUAAAUUUAAUAGGAGUUAACCAGUUAUUGAACUAAGGUGAUGAUUUGUACAUGUAAAGAAGUUUUAUUGCAGCAGGUUUACAGAUGUAUUCAUGAUCUUCUUUUCAUUGUUUUAAGAUAAUAAUAUUGCAACCUAAUAAAUGUUAUUUAUAUGGUA